AUGGUCGUCAAUAAUCCUAACAACUGGCAUUGGGUAGAUAAGAAUUGUAUUGAUUGGAGUAGACAGUACUUCAAGGAGGCUUUAGUGGGUUUAGAAUCAACAGGUGAAGCGGCUACUGUAGCCGUCAGCGACUUAACUUCUGUCGAAGGAGAUGUAGAAGUAUGCCAGCGCAAGGGAAAAGUAAUUUCCUUGUUUGAUCUCAAGCUAGUAUUGGAAUUUAUUGGUUCCACAAAUGCUGCAACCUCAAAAACAAUUAAGGGCUCAAUUACCAUACCAGAGGUAGCUUAUGAUUCGGAACGUGACGAUUACCAGUUUGACGUGAGCGUGCACAGUAAUCCCGACGUUGAUAAUCAAACAGAAGAACAAAUCCGAGCUUUAGCCAAAUCCAAAUUAAUCCCUCAACUAAGGGAAAAAUUAUUUCAAUUUGGAGUUGAUCUCAUCAAAGUCCAUGGUUCUGACAUUCAAUUGCCAGCUGAGCAAGUCAAGUCACAGUAUACUAAGAGCAAUCAAUUGCAAAAAGAGAAAGUUAAUACCCAAAUAUUUAAAAAAUCUACCCCAGUCUCUAUUGAUGGAAGCAAUUCGUCUUCUCGGGUCCCUAAGUACAAUACUAGUACCCUACACCUGGAACCCGUGUUCAACACUAGCGCUGAUCAACUGUAUAUGACUCUUUUGGAUAAAGAAAGAGUUGCAGCUUGGACCAGGGCUCCUCCGAAUAUCGAACCAAAAGAGGGAUCGUCAUUUGAGCUAUUUGGUGGAAACAUCAGCGGAAAGAUUGAGAAACUCGAAUCCAACAAAAAGAUUGUGCAGUCAUGGAGGCUGGCAACAUGGGAAAAAGGCCAUUAUGCUCAACUUGAAAUCAGUUUCCAUCAAGGCAGCACUGAGACUAAGAUGGAAGUCAACUUUACUGGAAUUCCUGUGGGAGAAGAAGAUGCAGUACAGAGUAAUUUUGAAGAAUAUUACAUUCGUUCAAUCAAGGUGACCUUCGGAUUUGGGGCGGUAUUGUAG